GUCAACUUGUGUCUGCCGGUUGCGUUUCAAUGUAACCAUUAAAAAUCAAACAUGGAGGACGUUGACUAGAAAAUGUACGGCUAACAAUGCAUCUUCUCUUCGUAAUUUGAUCAAUAUAUGUAUUGUCACAUUUAAACGCGCAGGAAUUAUUGGCGUAGUAUUUCAGCAAGUCAUUGGCUCACACAUCAAACAAAAKAUGUUCUGCAGGAGGCUAUGGCUAAAGCCAGGGACUGGAUUUUGGACUGCAUCCCAGCAGGGUGCCCACAAUCUGGCUUCUUUCCAUCAAGCCUCCCUGCUCCCCCAGAGGAAGCUCCGGGGCCUGCUGUUCCCCUUCAGUGAGCUGGAGCCCCACUUGGYUUGUUCAGUGGAUAGGGGCAACUUCCAGCUCUUCCAGCCCAGUGUGGAGGACAUAACCAAGGCAGAGAAACUCUUCUCCCCGUCCUCCUCACACAAGAUUGAUUACCACACCUCUGCCGUGAGGAUGGAACACGCACCCUCACAGAACCAGGCCGAGGUGUGUUUCAUCGGCAGGAGUAAUGUGGGGAAGUCGUCUCUCAUCAAAGCUCUGUUCUCCCUGGCUCCUGACGUAGAAAUUAGAGUCUCCAAAACACCCGGCCAUACCAAGAAGAUGAACUUUUUCAAAGUGGGCAAAGCUUUCACCAUGGUGGACAUGCCUGGUUAUGGAUACAGGGCUCCCAAGGACUUUGUGGAGAUGGUGGAGCACUAUCUGGGUUCAAGAAAAAAUCUGGUAAGGACCUUCCUAUUGGUGGACGGCAGUGUUGGGCUACAGGAGGCAGAUAUGAUCGCCCUGGAGAUGUGUGAAGAGUUCAGUCGGCCUUACGUGAUUGUGGUGACCAAGAUCGAUAAGUGCCGCCAGGGGGUGCUGUUGACUAACCUGCUGCAACUUCAGGAUGCCAUAAAACAAACUGUUAGCUGCUUCCCACAGCCCUUCCUGGUCAGGUGAUGGGAAAGGACAGACUGGAUUAUGUCACAGUGCAGUUUACAUAUUAUCUUAUGUAAGCUGCAGUGCAGGUUCACUUUUCUUUAUUAAAAACUGUGAAAGUGCACCAUUGCGGCACACAUGCAUUUGUGUAAAUAAAACCUACCUAUCUAAUUGGGUCAGAUGGCUACCAGUGAUCAGAUAAGACAAGAUAAUGGUGGCAGUGGCACGCACGUACGGUUGGGCAUACACACACACACGGACCUGACUGCACACUGUCAUUGAAAUUGGAGGGAGAGGAAUGGCCGUGUGCAGGAGAGACAGACUGUGUGUGAGAGAGAGUGUGACUGACUGUCACUCACACACUCUGCCUCUCGGCCAAGGUCUUAGGGGUUAUGUCCGGCUGCACAUUCCAUAAAGGUUGAGUGUCGGAAGAAUAUCUCACACCAGUAACUAACUGAUAACAGACCCACUGAAGUGCUACUCUACAGAUACCAGCACACUAAUGCACUAAUUUACUAACACGGAAGGGCCCCGUUAUAAUGGCUCGUAAACUGUACAUACACAUGUUAACUGUCGUUCUUCACAGGCAGGCACACCUACUUUCUCACUUUAACAACUACUUCAUUACUCUGUCCUGUGUUGUGUAUAGCAGGCCUCGCCAAUUCUAUACAUGCAAAUAUGUUUGGCUGUCUUCAAAAAUUUGAAGCAGCUAUAUAUUGAUCUCUCUCUCUUCUAAU